CGUUUUUGCGCUCGCCGAAAAACGACGCGUUUCUGCGCGUCGUUUUGCGCAGCGGUGGUAAUUCUUGGAAGGGGUCUCCAUUAUCGCGUUUCUUAAGAGCGUUAUUCGCGCGUAUAAAAAGUGACAUGGGCUUGGUCCGGGAACAUUCAGUCAAGCCUGGUUCAUGGUGAGAGCCACAGUAAACUACAAAAAUGCCCGCUUGGUCGUCUGAUUCCUCAGAUUCUGAUAUCGAGGUGUUAACCCUUUACCUUUAUGACGGACGAAGGAAGAGGAAACGAAGACAUCAGUACUGGGUGCAUCCCAUCUUGAAGGAAAGAGCAGUAUAUGGUGAAUACCAUCAUCUUGUGAAGAAACUGUUUGGGUAUGAGGACAAGUUUUUCCUGUACUUUCGAAUGAUGCCUGAACAUUUCAACUUGCUUUUGGAUAACGUAAAGGGCUACAUAACGAAGGAAUACACGGCAUUCAGGAGGCCGAUUGGACCUGAGGAACGACUAGCAAUAUGUUUGAGGUUCCUCGCCACCGGGGAUUCGUACAAGACCAUUGCCUUCAGCUACUACGUUGGAGUACAUACCGUAUCGAAAAUUAUUCAGGAAACGUGCCAGGCUAUUUGGGAUGCUCUGCAGCCAAUGUAUAUGCCACAACCAAACAGAGCGCAAUGGGAAGACAUAGCAGAUGGGUUUGGACGCAAAUGGCAAUUUCCCUGUUGCCUGGGAGCGAUGGAUGGCAAGCACGUACAGAUUUUUGCACCAGCAAAUUCUGGGACUUUGUACUUUAAUUACAAGAAAACCUUUUCUGUGGUACUGCUUGCACUUGUUGACUGGAACUAUUGCUUCACAGUCAUUGACGUCGGCAGCUACGGUUCAAAUAGUGAUGGGGGAAUCUUCAAAAGGAGUACCCUUGGUAAGAAGCUGAUGAAUGGGACCCUCGAGAUCCCAGCUAACAAAUGCCUUCCUGGGGCAGAACAACGAGUCGAACCAGUUCCACACGUCGUGGUAGGGGAUGAGGCAUUUCCGGCUAUGGAAAACCUCCUUCGCCCUUUCCCUGGAAAGAACUUAAGGGACGAUCAAAGAAUUUUCAAUUAUCGGCUUUCCAGGGCCAGAAGGAUAUCAGAAAAUGCCUUCGGUAUCCUUGCUAAUCGGUGGAGGCUCUACCAUCGGAAAAUUCCUUUGAGCGCUGAAAGUGUUGAUAUUGUUGUGAAGGCCACUUGUGUAUUGCACAACAUGUUACAGAACAGGGGUGUUCCAGUUCCUGUCAGACCAGUUACGGAUGAUGUCACGCCUGACGAAGAGGAUACGUGUGAUGGAAUCCUGAACGAUUUGGAAAAAUCUGGCCAUCGGCAAAAGAAAGAUGCUCUCAUGGUCCGAGAAGCGUACAAGGACUACUUUAGUUCUAGAGCUGGGGCAGUUCCUUGGCAAAACCAAGUGUGUUUCGGGGAGGACUAGAAAGUUGGCGACCACUAGAGACUGAAAGCUGCAAACCUCCAAGGUGGGGGUCCAUGGUCUGGUGGGGGUGGUACACGGACUGAGUGGGGCGGGGCUCUCAACUUCUGUUAAAUCAAUAUGCUUCAAAAUAAACUUGAACUUACCUGUUAA